CCCCGGUACGUCCGUUAACCCUAAUCCAUUUACGUCACUCAUACUAGAAUACUAAACAACGUAUACCUGCGCCUGUUUUCAAACUGUGUAGUCAUUCCUCUUCGCAAUAGAAGAGCUGUGCGUGGCAGAACAGGGCUCAUGCCUGUGGUGCUCUCGGACUCCGAGCGAGAGGAUGGACGGUGUGUCGCUGGGUCUGUUGGCCACACCAGCAUCACCGCGUCCAAACCUCACCACGGACUCAGAAGAGGACACGGUGACUGGAGGAAUGCACACCUUCGACCAGACGCACAUGAGGAAAGCUUUUCAGCUGAUGAAUGACCUGAGGAGUAAAAAGAUGCUGUGUGAUGUCCAGCUGAUCGCAGGGAACGUUCAAGUACCAGCUCACAGGGUGGUGCUGGCGUCCUGUAGUCCCUACUUCUGUGCCAUGUUCACAGGAGAUAUGAGUGAGAGCAAGGCCUAUCAGGUGGAGAUCAGAGAGGUAGAUGGUCAGACUUUGAGAAAACUUGUUGACUACAUCUACACUGCUGAAGUCGAGGUCACAGAGGACAACGUCCAGGUUCUUCUGCCAGCAGCAAGUCUCCUUCAGCUGAUGGAUGUUCGUCAGGUUUGUUGCGAGUUCCUGCAGUCUCAGCUUCACCCAACAAACUGCCUGGGAAUCAGAGCCUUCGCUGACCUGCACACAUGCACACAGCUCCUCAGUCAGGCCCACGCAUACGCUGAGCAGCAUUUCACUGAGGUGGUGCAGGGAGAAGAGUUUCUUGGCCUUUCUCUGCAGCAAGUGUGCAGCCUCAUCUCCAGUGACAAACUCACCGUGUCCACAGAGGAGAAGGUGUUUGAGGCUAUGAUAGCUUGGAUCAAGCAUGAUAAGCCAGCUCGUCUGGAGCACAUGCCCAAGCUGAUGGAGCAUGUCAGACUCCCACUACUGUCCAGGAAUUACCUGGUACAGAUUGUGGAAGAAGAGGCCCUGAUAAAAAACAACAACACCUGUAAAGAUUUUCUCAUAGAAGCGAUGAAGUAUCACCUGCUGCCAGCUGACCAACGGCACCUCAUCAAGACAGACAGGACCCGACCACGGACUCCUAUCAGCAUCCCCAAGGUGAUGAUUGUAGUUGGCGGUCAGGCUCCCAAGGCGAUCCGCAACGUGGAGUGUUACGACUUUCAGGAAGAUCGUUGGUACCAAGUAGCCGAUCUUCCUUCAAGGCGCUGCCGGGCAGGUGUGGUUUCCAUGGCAGGCCGUGUGUAUGCAGUCGGAGGGUUCAACAGUUCACUGCGGGAGCGAACGGUGGACGUGUACGACGGAGUGAGGGAUCACUGGAGUGCAGUCGCGAGCAUGCAGGAGAGACGCAGUACACUGGGAGCUGCUGUGUUGGGGGAUUUACUCUAUGCUGUGGGGGGCUUUAACGGAAGUAUAGGUCUGGCGACAGUAGAAGCCUACAAUUACAAAACCAAUGAGUGGAUGUAUGUAGCCUCCAUGAACACCCGACGCAGCAGUGUGGGUGUAGGGGUGGUUGAUGGUAAGUUGUAUGCAGUAGGAGGCUACGAUGGAGCAUCCCGUCAGUGUCUCAGUACAGUGGAAGAAUACGACCCUGUCACUGACCAGUGGUGCUAUGUGGCUGACAUGAGCACACGGCGCAGUGGAGCAGGUGUGGGUGUGUUGGGAGGUCAGCUGUAUGCAGCAGGAGGACAUGAUGGACCUCUGGUGAGGAAGAGUGUGGAGGUGUACGACCCACAGACCAACACCUGGAAGCCGGUCUGUGACAUGAACAUGUGCAGACGAAAUGCAGGUGUGUGUGCGAUUAACGGGCUGCUGUAUGUGAUUGGCGGAGACGACGGGUCCUGUAACCUUUCCUCAGUAGAGUUUUACAACCCGGCAGCAGACAAGUGGAGCCUCAUUCCCACCAACAUGAGCAAUGGGCGCAGUUACGCUGGAGUUGCAGUGAUUGACAAGCCAUUAUGACCACAGGCCUCUCACAGCAUCACCUCUGCAUCGGCAGCUUGACAGGCAAACGGAGAAGUAAUGCCUGAGAUGAACACUGUCCAAACGGGCGGCACACCCUCGUUCCUCAGCAGACACAAUCACAGAAGGAUCUUGGAGUCUUUUUUUUUAGCAAUAACCCACAACCUAAUUUUGUUGCUGUCUCCAAGCCAUUAAUGCCCUGAGAGACCCUCACGUUUAUGGACAUUGUUGCACUGGAUAAGAAGCAAUAGCUGCAGAUGAGCAGGCUUAUAAGAACUCUGUCUUAAUGAGAUGUUUUCAAAUGCCAAACAUAUAACAAGCAGCUGCAUCAGCUGACUUAAGACUGAUUGUAAAAAACUUUGUUAGGAAGGAACUAACAAAGAUGGGCCAAACGGAGUGAAGCGCUCUAGAAGCUCUGUGGCGACGUUCAUGUGGCGGACCACAUCGCACCUGGGGCACUGAUUUGCUUUAAAACACCAGCUGACAGAAACAUCCCCUCAGUCAAAUGACUGCACAAGCAUAAAGCUAGAUUUCAGGCAAACAGGCUGCUUACAGUAUCUCUGGCGUUACUUCAGGACAUUGCAACACUGGCCUGUCAUUAGCAGUUAUCCCAAAUCAUGGAAACUUGGAAAUGCCACUGGAGCCAUUUUUAAAAUUAUGAGACUUACCACAGUUCCUAGAAUAUAAAUCGGCUUGAUUUUGAGAAAUGAAGAAAGCUGUUUGAUUCCUGUGUUGCCCAUCAGCAGCCUCCACUAAAUGAACAUCAGUUUUCCUCAGAGUUGUGGUGUUGGGUGGUUAGAAAUAUGCCUCAGUUACCAGAGAGUAUUUGUUUGCAGCCUGAAGAACUGACCUGAAAGUGAGAAAUCAUCUUGUAUGCAAAUGAAAUAUCAUGUUUAAUAUUUGAGAUUCUUCCAGAGAAGCUGAGAAGCACGUCUGUGGCGUCAGACCCAGGCCAGCUGAUCUGACUGGACAUGGUAGGACUUGAUUCUGUCAGCACACUACUGAUGCACUGAUCACUUGCACUGACUGAUACAGACUUGCAGGCUGAAUGAGUGACUCACUGACUGACUGGCUGGCCAAACGUCUACCCCCACCACUGACUGACCAGCUGGGUCACUGGCCUGCUGUCUGAUCCUACAUAUGGGAGCAUUUAAACUCAACACUUUAAAGGCCAAUAAUUAAAUCAGAAAUUGUAAAAAAAAAAGAAAUGUGUCAGUGUGAUAAUCAGAAAAAUGCUGGAGAUGCUUUUAUCACUAACAACCUGAAGUGAUGUACGGUUUCUGUUCAUUGGCUAAAGGAGUGUGUUAACAUGCACUGUAGAAAUUCAGCUGUAAAAGUAGAAUGUAAUAGAUGCAUUUUUAAGAUUUUCUAUUUAUUGUUUUGGAACAGUUGAUCACCACAUUUAUUCAUAUUAAGGGGAGGAUCAUAAAACUUUUUUUCAGCCUAAUAAUGUUACACUUUCUCUGUUCACCUUCAUCCAUCUGAGGAUGGGUUUAUUUUAACUGUAGUUAUUUAGCAGACUGACUGGUGCCACAGCUGUGAUUCUGGAAAGAAACCAGAUUUAUUUAUUUAUUUUUUUUUCUCUUUUAGCCAGUCUUCUAAAGAAUCAUGGAGAAACUGGACAUGGUCUGCUGUCACUUCAUAGACCUCUGACGUACCUAAGAGACCAUACUGUUGUUUUUACAUGUUUGGACAGUUUACAAGUCACAGGUGCUACAUGAGUCCCAUCCACGUUACAGAUCAGUCAUUCAUUAUGUGGCUUAAUGAAUGUUUUCCAGAAUGAUGUUGUUGUUGUUGUUGUUGUUUCCGUUUCCGUUUCCGUUCAUGUUAACACCGUGUCAGUUUUAGCUUGAUAAUGCAAGUGACCCGUCAGUAGAUGUUCCUGUGUGAGGGAAAAGCUCACAUUGCUGCCAAAUAGACGGGAUCUGCAGUGUUGAGUCAGAAAAUAGUGAAAAAUGCCUGUCUUUAUUUCCUUAAGCCCAAGAUGGUGCAAUAAAAUGUCCGGUUUUGUCCAAACAGUCCUAAAACCUAAAGAUAGUCACACAAAGAAAAGCAGCAAAUCUUCACAGAUGAGUAAAAUGAUUCAAGCUGCUUACAGAUUAUUUUUCUGUGGGCCGAGUGAAUAAUCAACUGAUUGUUUGCUGGUCUUAAAGAUAAGAGCUACCUACAGUUUGCUGUCAUGAGUCGCUCGUCUCAAACUAAUUUCAGGUCCCUGUUCGCUGAUGAUCAUAUUGUUCUGAACAAAAUGAAAACCCGUGUCUGCCUGGACUGUGGGAAUAAAAGCUGAUCAGCAAUGAGUUGUACUAUAUGCAGUUUGUUGUAGAGGAACUGAAACAUGGAAAAACAGCAGUAUGGUUGAUGUUCAAGGUCUGUUCUUGAGCUUUGAGCCAGACGGUCUCAUGUCAAGCUCUACUACAGCUUCUCCUGGGAUUUUGACCAAAUCACAUUAGCAAACUGAGUUUGCUCAGUUAUGGAGCUGUUCAAACCUCAGCUGGUGACAACUUGGUCAAAAGCUCUGGAGGAGCCACUACAUGGAGCUUGAGGCGGUGUUGUGGUCCUGAAGUUUUCGGAUGAAUAGCAGAUGUUAUAUU